AUGGUCAAGAAGCAAUCUGCCAAGAAAUCGCACCCCCCCAAGCCGCGGCCGGCCCCAUCCAAGCCCGCCGACUCCCCCAAUCCGCGGAUCAACAUAUCCUUCCGGUCACAGCAGAACCUCCUUGACAUCUUCUCGUCAGCAUUUGCGACAGUCCUGUCAUCCGGCGAUUUCCCCAAUGUCCUCCAAGAGAUCAAGCAGGCCCUCUUCAACCGGGACUUUGCCGCCGCCUUCGGCAGGGAGGACUACCUGAGGGCGUACGCCGCACGAUGGAGCCCAACGCGGGCCAUCUGUUACGCCUCCGUCUUCCAGGGGAUCAGAGAUCAUCUGACCGAGCUCGAAGCCCCCGGGUAUGAGGUGGUGGCGGUGGACUCUGACCAUGUCGAGCCGGCCACUGCAGACGAGAAGCCCUCGGCACCGGCGGGCAGCAGCGCCACAGCGUCAAGGACAGGCACAGAGAGCAACCGAACCUUCCGGAUGCUCUCCAUUGGAGGCUGCGCGGCAGAGCAUGCCGCCUUUGCCCAGUACCUGCGCGAGGCGCCGCAACUCUCGGGCAGGUUGACCCUCAUCGAUUCGGCCCCGUGGUCUGGCGUGGUUACACUACUCCAGGACCAGCUCACAACCCCUCCCCAGAUUUCAACGUUCGCCUCUGAGGUUGCGAAGGCGUCGAAUAGCGCCUUCGUCAAGCCAUCACAGCUAUCAGUGGAUUUUAAGCAGCAAGACGUCCUGGACCUUGACCUUGAGAGCCUCAAGCAUAUGAUUGGCAAAGACCCUCUCGUCGUCACCAUCUUAUUCACACUGAAUGAAUUAUAUACAAAUGGUGGACUCGGCAAGACUACCAAAUUCCUGGGAAACCUGGGACAGUCUCUGCCAAACGGUAGCCUUCUGCUCGUCGUUGACAGCCCCGGGAGUUACUCCGAGGCGACGGUCGGCAAGGAGAAGAAACGGUAUCCGAUGCAAUGGCUGUUAGACCACACCCUGCUGAGCAACAAAGUCAGUGGCAUCAAGUGGGAGAAGCUCGAGUCUGACGAAUCGGUCUGGUGCAGGCUCUCUGACGAGUUAUCAUAUCCAAUGCAACUUGAGAACAUGCGGUAUCAGGUCCAUCUUUACCGCUUAGAGGUGCAGCCCCCCGCAUAA